AUGGAGGCAGCAGCAGCAGCAGCAGCAGCAGCAGCAGCAGCAGCAGGAGGUGCUUCGGAGCCGCUGCCGUCCCCCAGUCUAGAAUGGGCUGAGGGGGAGACGGGAGCAGCAGCAGCAGCAGCAGCAGCAGCAGGAGCAGCAGAAGCUGCCGUCGUGUAUACUGCUGAAGCAGCAGCAGACACAGCAGCAGCAGCAGGAGCAGAUGGAGGAGACGCAGCGACUGCAGCAGAAGCUGCAGCAGCAGGAGCAGCAGCAGCAGCAGCACCUGCUGCUGCUGCUGCUGCUGGGGAGAGAAGACGACACCACCGCAGCGGGAGAGUAGCGGGGCGUUCACGCAGCCACCGACACCACCACCACCACCACCGUGCUGCUGCUGCUGCUGCUGCAGCAGCAGCAGCAGCAGCAGCACCUCCUCCUGCAGGAGCAGCAGCAGCAGCAGCAGCAGCAGCAGCAGCAGGAGCAGCAGCAGGUGCUGCUGUGCCUUCAGGUGUAUGUACAGCAGGAGAAAGCCGACGCAAAGUUGACGGCAGAACUCCGCCCUCUUCAAGGAGAGGGAAGUCGAGGAGGCGAGCUCACAAGGGGCGGCGUUUGCUGCUGCAGCAGCAACAGCAGCAGCAGCAGCAGCAGCAGCAGCAGCAGCAUAUGAAUCCAGGAGUUGUUGAGACGGCAGGAGGAGCAGCAGCAGCAGAUGGUGCAGCAGCAGCAGCAGCAGCAGCAGGCGGUGGCAGUUCAUCUUUAUCUUUUUUUUGGUUAGUAAAGGAGAAAGCAGAGACAUGGAGAGCAGCAGCAGCAGCAGCAGCAGCAGCAGCAGCAGGAGGAAACAGCAGCAGCAACGAGCAUCAUCGUUUGUCUGCGUUUCAGCGUGCUGAGGGUAUAAGAACAACAACCCCACCGCAACCAACACCACCACCACCAACAGCAGCAGCAGCAGCAGCAGCAGCAGCAGCAGGAGGAGCAGCAGGAGAUGACGGCAGCAGCAGCAGCAGCUGCGCGAGCCAGUGCAGCAGCGAGGUAUCUACAAAGGGGACAGUAGAUCACCGAUGCAGAGGAGACAAUAAAAAAAUAAAUUUAUGCUUAAACCCAUCAGACUUGUGGUUUGGGUUGAGGAGACAGGACGGCACACCAGUGGUGCUGCAUGCGCGGCGCAGCAGCAGCAGCAGCAGCAGCAGCAGACACCGCUGCAGCAACAACAGCAGCAGCAGCAGCAGCAGCAGCAUGUAUAACAAUCAGUACUUUCAUUACUAUCAUAAUAUGAAAAUACAUAGAUUAAGGAAACCUCCACUUGUUACUGAUGCUGCUGCUGUUGCUGCUGCUGCUGCUGCUGCUGCUGCUGUUGCACAUCAACAAGCUGCUGCUGCUGCAGCAGCAGCAGCAGCUGCUGCACGCAUGCACCAGCAGCAGGAGCAGCAGAUACAGCAGCAGCAGCAGAUCACAGCAGCAGCAGCAAUACCCAAUCAAGGCGACAGCAGUCAACAGCAGAUGCAGCAGCAGCAACUGCAGCAGCAGCAACUGCAGCAGCAGCAGCAGCAGCAGCAGCAGCAGCAGCAGCACAGGCAUCAUAGGAGACUGCACAGACACCGCAGCCACCGAGACCCAACCAGAAAGCCAUCGGCGUGGCGUGCUGCUAGCCAGCUGCUGCCGCUGCCUGUUGAUGCUGCUCAGCAGCAGCAGCAGCAGCAGCAGCAGCAGCAACCACAGCAGCAGCAGCAACAGCAGAUGCCAAUGCAGCAACAGCAACUGCUCAUGCAAAUGCAGCAACAGCAACAACUGCAGCUGCAGCAGCAGCAGCAGCAGCAGCAGCGACAAAGGGGCGCUGCUGUUGCGCCGUGGCAGCAGCUGCAGCAGCAGCAGCAGCAGCAGCAGCAGCCACAACAGCAGUUCGCGUUGCCGCUGCAGCACCAACAGCAGCAGCAGCAGCAGCAGCAGCAGGCCCAAGCCCAGCAGCAGCUGCAGCAGCAGCAGCUGUUGCAGCAGCAGCACAGCAGGAGAUGUAUGCAGCAGCAGCAGCAGCAGCAGCAGCAACAGCAACAACAGCAGCAACGCCACGGGACUACAGACGCCUAG